AUUAGACCAGUGUUUCUCAACCACAUUCCUGGAGGCCCACCAACCCUGCACAUUUUGCAUGUCUCCUUAAUUAACCCCUUAACGCCUACUGUCAUAAAUAUGCGACAAACCGUUUGACUCAAUCAACCAGCCGAGAUAGCGUCUGCAUUCCUCCAAUGCCGGUUAGUGCAUAUUCACUACGGACCUAGGAACCUUCGACAAGCACUUGUUUCUAGUGGGAUCGCAAAGUGACGGACUUAUUUCCUGUUUACGCAUGAGGAUUUCUCCGGUCGCGAAGUUAUGGAUAUGAGUCGGGAAAGUUUGAUCCUGAGGUGUAUAUAAGAUCUGAAUGAAACCUUCCGUGUUUUACGGCAAGCGCGUAAAUGCGCAACCUCGCGUCAGAAUUCCCCCAGAGGAAAGUGAGGAUAGUUGUCUCAGCGAUAGUGCAGGCAGCGAUGAGGAAUAUGUUCCCAAGACAGGUGAUGAAGAGAGCUGCAGUGAGAGCGACAGGGGCAGCAGUGAUGAGGAAAAUGUUGUCAAGCCAGGUGAUGGUGAGAGCAGUAGCGAGAGCGACAUGAGCAGCAGUGAGGAGGAGGUUCAAGACCAAGAUGCGGGCGAUGCGGGCAGCGAUGGCAAAUAUGUUCCUGAGCCAGGGGAUGAAGAGAGCAACAAGAGCAGCAGUGAUGAGGAGGUUGAUAGCACCAGUGCCCAAGCUGCAAGAAAGACACAAAAGAGACAAAACAAAGACAAAGUGGCAUGGAAGACGGUGAAACAGACUCAGAGCUCUGCAAAAAAAGUGCCAGAGUGGCAAGGUGCUCUGCCAGACAGUGACACAAUCAAACAGCCUGUUGAUUAUUUCAGACAGUUUUUUGACACUGAACUUUUGGCUCUUAUUGUCAAUCAGAGCAAUCUGUACAGCACACAAGAAAAUCCAAACCAUGCCUUGAAAUUAGAUCAGAAAGAAUUGGAGCAGUUCAUUGGAACUGUUCUGUACAUGAGUGUUAUCCGCUUACCUCGCUCUAGGAGCUACUGGUCUAAGGCAUGUCGUGUAGAGCAGGUGGCUGAUGUGAUGCCCCGCGACAGGUGGGAAGAAAUUAAACAUUUCAUUCAUUUGAAUGACAACACGGCACCCAACAACAGUGACAGGCUGUUCAAAAUUAGGCCACUAAUUGAUUCCCUGCUCCCAAAAUUCCAAGCUCUGCCUCAAGAUCAGAUGCUGUCUAUUGACGAACAAAUGGUGCCAUUCAAAGGCAGAUCUGUUCUAAAACAGUACAUCCCCAAAAAGCCGUACAAAUGGGGAUACAAAAUCUUUGUUUUGUGUGACACAAAAGGCCUGGUGCACUCAUUUGAUGUUUAUGCAGGGAAAUCUGAUCCUCCACCAGGUUCACAAGACAUAGGGGCAAGCGGAAACGUCGUGCUAAAACUUGCACAAGUUAGUGAAGGCUCUGUCAACCACCUGCUGUACUUUGAUAAUUGGUUUUCCUCGCUCGAUUUGUUUGUAGCUCUUGCAAACAGGGGGAUACCAGCCCUUGCCACUGUGCGGCAAAAUCGCCUGCGAGGCUGCAGUUUCAGCGAAGACAAAAAGCUCAAAAAGAAGGGAAGAGGGACAUUUGAGGAGCAACAGGCUGUUGUUGACCGUGUGGAGGUUAGGGCUGUCAAAUGGUUUGACAACAGAGGGGUGAUUGUUGCCAGCACUUUUGCAAGUGCCCAGCCUGUUUCCUUCAUAGAGAGGUGGGACAGAAAGCAAAGGAGGAAAGUGUCUGUGCAAUGUCCUAGCAUCAUCACCCUCUAUAACAAGUUCAUGGGCGGUGUUGAUGCACUUGAUGCCCUAAUCGCCUACUACCGCAUCCGCAUCAGGUCUAAGAAGUACUACCACCGAUUCUUCUUUCACUUCGUGGACAUGGUGGUUGUCAACAGCUGGUUGCUCUAUCGGCGUGAUUGUGACAAUAUGAAUGUUCCACGGAAGAAGCAGAAGGACUUGCUGGCUUUCAAGCUUUCCAUUGCACAGGCCCUCUGCAUGCAAGGCAAAGAUCUGUCAGCCAAAAAGAGGGGGCGGCCUUUGUCUGACGUGGAGCGAGAGUUCAAGAAGAAGCAGCGCAGGGGACCAACUAAGGCUAUUCCCACACAAGAUGUCCGUGCUGAUGCUGUGGGUCACUGGCCGCAAAUCGAUAGUUUGCGGCAACGCUGCAAAUUCCCUAAGUGCACGGGCCACACUAGCUUCAAGUGUACAAAAUGUGAUGUUCACUUGUGCCUAAACAAGAAGAAAAACUGCUUCCGUGCAUUCCACGUGUGAGAAAAAACACGUGCGUGCAUGCCUGAGUGUGUGUAUGUAUGCAUGCAUGUGUGUCCACGUGUGUGUGAAUGCGUGCAUGUGUGUGUGUGUGCAUGCGUGAGUGUGUGUGUGUGUGUGUGUGUGUGUGUGCAUGCGUGAGUGUGUGUGUGUGUGGGCUACCCAAGAGGUGUUUCACGGCCCCUGCUCCUUAAAUAAUUAAAGAGUGGAGUAACAUUGUUAUGUUACAUUGUUACAUUGUUAUAGUACAAAGAACUGCUUCUGUGCAUUCCCUCUCAUUCUUUCAGGUUCAACAACAUACAUUUGAAAACUUAAUUUACAAUUCAAAUCAAUCUACAAUUCAAAUUUAUGCAAUGUUACCUAUAGCCUUAACAGUAACGUUUGUGUAUAUUGUGUUGGUGACAUGAAAGUGGUCAUAAUUCUUAUUAUUGAAUACCUGCAGUUGCAGAUUUUUUUAAAUAAAUAAUUAAAAAAAGGGUGAAUAAAUAAAACAUUGUUUUUUCACUGUUAUUUUACUGUGUUAUUGUUAUCUUAUUAUUGACCAUUAUGCCUGCUGUUGCAAAUUUGCAACAUACCAAAUUGACCCCAAAUUGACCAUUAUGCCUGUUGUUGCAAAUUUGCAACAUACCAAAAUUUCUAUUUAUUUGUUGUGCAAAAGUGAAAUUGAUAAUCUCAACAUUAUUUACCACCUACUUAAAGGCAAAAACACACAUAAAACAUUUUUUUAUAUACAGCUAUAUAAAUUCAGGCGUUA